CCACGAACUCUCUAUUCAUUUAAUUCCAUUUAAUAACUCUAAUAUUUGAUAAACUCGGGUCAAAACCCGGUGGACCGAUAACUAAAUUCACCGGAUUUCGACUCGACUAAUGCAGAUUGAUUCAAAUGACCAACUUGAAUAUUGGUCAACACCGGUUCAAGGCUGAGCUUUGAACAUAUUAAAUUCGAAUAUAAGAUAAUCUAAAAUAGUCUCAGUGGCGACAAUAUUAUAAAACCUGCAAAAUAACUCGAAUUAACAGUAAAAAAAUUGCCGAUAAUCUCCGUCGUAAAUCCAAAAGGCGGCUCUUUUGCGGUCACCGGCGUAUCAAUCGCUGCCAGAAAAUGCCACCCUCUCCGAAACCCACUUGUACUCUCAUCCUCAUCCUCACUUUCUCUCUCCUCGCCCUCUACACCGCCCUCCUCCGCUCCCACCACCGCCGCCCUCCUCCCUCCGCCGCCGCCGUCGGUUACUCCCGGGACACCCUCCGCUUCCGCGGCACGUUCCUCUCCACCGCCAGCAACUACACCGUCUCCGCUUACCUCCGCCAUCUCACCCUGCGCCCCCACCUCGCCGGAACCCUCCCUUCCCUCUCCGCCGCCGACUACGUCCGGUCCCAUUUCCAGUCUCUCGGCCUGGACACCCGCACGGCCGACUUCUCCGCCCUCCUCUCCUACCCCACGCGCUCGUCCCUGUCGGCGCACUUUAGCAACGGCACCGCGCUCGCCUUCCCCCUCUCGGAGCCCGGCGCCGCCGAGGACAUCGGCGUCGUUCCGCCGUACCACGCCUACUCCCCCUCCGGCUCCGCGUACGGAGAGGCGGUUUUCCUCAACUACGGCCGGGAGGAGGACUACCGCGCCCUUGGCGCGGACGUCAAUGGUUGCGUCGGGGUGGUCCGGCGGGGGUCGGGGAUGUCGAGGUACGAGGUGGCGGCGACUGCGGCGGCCCACGGGCUGUCGGCGGUGCUGAUGUACACUGAGGGUGAGUACAGGGAAGGGGUUGAGAGGGGGACGGUAAUGAAGGGUUUGGGGGACCCGCUGAGCCCCGGUUGGGCCGGAAUUGAAGGCGGCGAGAGGCUCGAGCCGGACGACCCGCAGGUGAAGGAGAGGUUUCCCGGCGUGCCGUCGUUGCCUGUUUCAGAGGCGGCGGCGGAGAGUAUUCUCGGGUCGUUAGAGGGGAAGAGUCUGCCCCGUGAGUGGAGGGAAGGGUUAUGGAGCGGUGCUAGCAGAAUAGAUCGGGCGGGGCCCGGCCCGACUAUGCUCAACUUCACAUACGAGGGUGAGAAAAAGAUGGCAAGCAUACAUAAUGUGUUUGCUGUCAUUAAAGGACUCGAAGAACCUGAUCGAGUGGUUUUUCUAGGAAAUCAUAGAGACGCAUGGACUUAUGGUGCAGUGGACCCGAAUAGUGGAACUGCUGUUUUACUAGACAUUGCACGAAGGCUUUCUCUUCUCAUGCGCUUGGGUUGGAGCCCGAGAAGAACAAUCAUUCUUUGCAGCUGGGAUGCUGAAGAAUUUGGAAUGAUUGGAUCUACUGAAUGGGUAGAACAGAACCUUAUGAAUCUCGGUUCGAAAGCAGUCGCGUACCUUAAUGUGGAUUGUGCGGCCCAAGGGCCAGGCCUUUUUGUCAGUGCAAGUCCACAGCUAGAUAACCUUCUUGUCGAGGUAACAAAGCAGGUUAAAGAUCCCGACUCGGAGAAUGCAUAUCUACAUGAACAGUGGACAGCUGCCAACAAAGGCAUCAAAAUUGAGAGGCUUAGCAGGGCCGAUUCAGAUUUUGCUCCGUUUUUGCAGCAUGCCGGGAUCCCAUCUGCUGACUUAUACUUUGGAAGUGAUUUUCCGGUUUAUCACACGGCAUUCGACUCAUAUGAUUGGAUGAUCAGAUAUGGAGACCCCUUAUUUCAUCGACACGUGGCUAUGGCAGGAAUAUGGGGACUUGUUGCGCUUAACCUGGCAGAUGACCCGAUUUUGCCUUUUAACUACUUAUCAUACGCCAAUGAAUUGCAGGAGUAUAAUAAUGUCCUCAGCACUUUGUUAGACGGGACCAUCUCGUUGAGUCCCAUUACUACCGCCAUCCGAGAAUUCACUUCUGCUGCAAAUGAAACAGAGGAAGAAGUUCAGAUAUAUGGGCCACGUGGAAACCCGGAAAGCAAGAUCGAAUUUUUUCCUGGGAUAGCCGAUGCAAUAUCACGGAAAACGAACGACGAGCAAAGGGAAGCUGCUGUAAGGCACGAGAUAUGGAGAGUGGCUCGGGCCAUUCGGAAUGCGGCCUCAGUUUUGAGAGGUGAAUUCACAUGAAGGGAUAGAAGAUAUAUGUUUUCGUCGUCCCAAGGGCAAAAUAGGGUUUUCGCAUCAUCGUUUGAUAAGGUUUUUUCAGGCAGAUUGAAGUACAUUCUGUACAGAAAAGAAAAGAAAAAAAAAAUCAGGAAAUUUGGUUUGUCUGUAUAGGAAGAUUGCUGCUACUGUGUGCUUCAAAAGUUAUUAUAACGUUGUUGUUUAUUGUCAAUAUGCUUUCUUUUUAUUGAACAAAAUGGUUUUUGCCUCUACUUCUAUUUUGUGUACAAUUUGGAGGUCAUAAUUCAUAAGAGGACUUGAAUUAUGGGAGAUAUAGUUGUGUACUCUCAUUAUGUAUGCCAAACAAGAUGAAUAUAUGAAUGCUGUGAAAAUAGAAUUAAUGGAAAGCUAAAUAAAUUUUGC